CUAAAAUUAAACACCGGGCUGGGUUACUAGGGACUAGUGACGUUUUUUCAUCAUGUCAGUGUGCUAUGGGGAACACACAUGUGAAACCCCAUCCCCGACCAAGAAACAAAAAGCAAGUGCACUGGAAAUCGGCAGAUCGCCCUUCCGCUCCUGGGAAGCCGCAGCUGAUAACAGAAAAUGAAGCAACACCCGAUCUGAUCACCAUUCGUUGGAGCAAGCCGACAAAAGAUGGCGGCUCUCCGAUAUCGGGAUACUUGGUUGAGCACCGUCGAACGGGUUCUCCGCAUUGGGUCCGGGCCACCCCGCUUAUGGUCCCGUUUCCCGAACUGACAGUCAGCGGAUUAGAACCCGGAUGGCGAUACCAAUUCAGAGUGAGCGCCGAAAACGCGGUGGGUCUUUCGGACCCCGGCGAACUUUCUGAACCUAUUACGGUGACCUUGCAAAGAUCUGCCAUUACUGCUCCCAGAUUCACGCAGGAGCUGCAGAAUGCCACGGCGUUGGAGAACGAGAAGGUGGAAUUUACUGUGCACUUUUUGGGGCAACCUGCUCCGAAAGUGUGCUGGUUUAAGGAUGGAUUCGAAAUAUUUAGCAGCAGGAGGAUAAGAAUCCUUACCGAACACGAUAAAAGUAUACUUACCAUACACCAAAGUGCUUUGGGAGAUGAGGGCGAAAUUAAGUGUACUGCUACUAAUAGAGCGGGACAUGUUUCCACUAAAGCGAAGCUCAGUUUGGAGGCUCCUCCAGCCAUUCGGCUACCCAGACAAUAUGAGGAAGGAUUGCUAUUCGAAAUAGGCGAAAUGAUACGACUUAAGGUCCAAGUAGCUGGACGUCCGACUCCAUUGGUAUUCUGGUGCCAUGAUGGAGAAACAAUACAGACAAACGAUCGAUAUGAAUUAGAAUAUGACGAUAAAUGCUCAAUAUUAAAGAUAAAUGAAGCCAGAAGGACUGAUCGUGGCGAAUACCAAAUAAAAGCAGUCAACAAGCUUGGAGAAGACCACGCUUCAUUUUUAGUUACUGUUACUGAUAAACCGUCUCCACCUGGAAAGGCAAGAGUAGUAAUGACUUUGGGAAGGUCGGUGACGCUUUCCUGGAGUUUACCAAAUGACGAUGGUGGUUGUAAAAUAGGAAACUACAUCGUUGAAUACUACAGAGUGGGGUGGAAUGUGUGGCUAAAGGCUGCAACAAGUCGUCAGCUUACCACAAUGCUUGGUGACUUAAUCGAGGGUAGCGAGUACAAGUUUAGAAUAAAAGCAGAAAGUCCUUAUGGCAUUAGCGAUCCCAGCGAAGAAACCGACGUAGUUUUUAUUCCCGACCCCAAAAGAGGUAUAACCCAACCAAUUCAAUCCAGAGGCCGUAGUCAACCCAGAGAUAUAUUGGAUGAUAUAUCUGCUCCUGUUGCAGCCAAACGCAAAAAUAAACCAAGAUCUCAGUCAUCUAGUAGAGCAGAAGAAAGGCAAGAUGAAUAUGGACUUCAAAAUUCAAUAUCAAAUGCAGGUAUUCCUAGGAGACCCGAUAGAUUAAAAAUAAAAAGUCCUCCAAAAACCCCAGAUUCAUCUCCGAUGCCAACAAGAAAGGCAAUGGAUACCUCGAUAAACAGAGCAAUGUUUGAUCGAUCUUCAAUGGCCAGAGAACUGGCUUAUGGCAGUCCUGAAAUUAAAGUUAAAAAGGAACUUAACGCUCCCGAUUACAUAUUAAACUAUUCUAGCUCAGAAAAAUCAAAAUCUCCCAGUCCUGUUCAGAGCAAUCAAAGUGUUUCUGAGCCAAAUCCAGAAAGAUCUAGAUCGGUAAGUUUUUCAUCUCAAAAAAGUCGUUCACCGAGUCCAGCACCUCCAAGAACCAAGUCGCCAAGGGAAAAUCACGAGAACUUUACUGGAAGUUCAGAAUUUAUGUUAGUUUUAUAUCCUGAUGAAAACGAGAAAGGUGCAGGAAUAGCUUCUGAAUUUUCAUUUGACUUUGACGAAAACUCUAUACCGCCACCAAUGUCACUAUCAGCUCCCGAAUUAAGCAAAGAACCUCCAGAAAUGCUGUUUAAUCUGAGAAACUCGGCAAGUAGCACGGAACUCCUUCACGAAAGAGCCUUAAUGAGAUUCUAUCAAGCUGCUGAAGCUGAAGAAGCUGAAUUAGAGAGAAAACGAAUGGCCAGCGAAAACAAAAGAAAUAGUGUGGAUAUUCCAAAAAUACAGAUUAACAAUAAGGAUAAUCAAAAGGUUGUGGGUCUCGAAAAAAAGCAUUCAUUGCGAAGAAAAUCAGCUGGAAUCACUCAUGAACAGGCUUUGAUGGUACAAAGAAGACACAGUCUUCGAUCACCAAGUGAGUUAAAGGAAGUUUUACCGCCAAAUAAUUUACAAAAAUAUUCUCCUGAAGAUAAAAGAGAACUGAUGAUGCUUCGGCAAAGAUCCGAGUCUGAAGAAAAGGAAGAAGAAGAGUUCGAAAGAAUACGAAAAAAAAUGCAGGACAAGGUGAAGUUUGAAAAAAAAGUUGUCCGUGUAGCCGACAUGGAAAAAUGGAGCGAUGAUUACGAAGAAAGUACUGACGAGGAAGAAGAUAAAGAAAUUGAUUCAUCAGAUGAAAGCAAAUCCAGGGAAACCGUAUACCAUUUAUACGAUUUUUCUGAUAGUGAAGAAGAGCCUUAUCAUCCCCCUGGUAGGGCAAACGCGAAUGAUAAUGAACCAUUUGAAAUUUUAACAAAACGUAAAAAUUUGCCAGAUCCAAAUUUUGUACCCAAACCUAUUUUAAAGAAAAAGGACCACGAGGAUAAUAUCCAAUAUGAUUUAAUACAACCAGAAAUAAAAAAGAAGAAAAAACGAUCUCAUUCGCCAAUGCCUCCUGAUGCAGUACAACGCGAGAGAUCCCAAUCUUUAGUAGAACAACUAUUGGAUCCACUAACAGACAAAAUGUUCAGAAAUAAGAAGAAUGGCGAGAAAAAGGAAGCAAAGGCAAGGCAACGGUCUUUAUCUUUGAUACUCAAAAACAAUGAAAAAUUACAAUCGCUGGAAAAAAUCAAUGAGGAAGAGAAAGUAUUACCAACGCAUAAUAUUAAAGCCGCUACUGCAUUUUCUACAAUAGCUGCGGCUGGCAUUAUAAUUCCUCAAAAAUUAUUGGAAAAGAAACAGGAUAAUGAAGAGGCCAAGGUGGUAAUAGAUCAUUACGGUGACAUAAUACGGACGGCAAGUUUAAAGAAAAAAGUCAAUCAACCGACAAAAAUCCAUUAUGAAACAGAAACUUUGUAUACAGCCACUGAAUGUAUAGAGCCUUCCAUAGAAAGUCAGUUACAAACAGUCGAAGUUGUAGACAUUAUAAUACCUAAGGCAGUAAAUACAUUUGAGCCUGAAAAGAAGUUAUUUAGUAGACGAGACAUAACAAAUGAGAAAGUAGAUAGUAACAUUGCAAAGGAACAAGGUAAAAGAAAAGUUUCUGCAUCGCCAAUGAAGAAAUCUAAAAGGACACCAAGUCAAAGUCCUGGGAGAAGAAGUUCUUUAACCACAAGAAGAUCAAAAUCAAAAUCUCCAGUUAGAAAUGAAAACUGGAGUACUCUUAGAAGUCCGCCUGAAAAACCUAAAAGAAAAACGUCUCCCUCGCCAAUGAGAAAAGAUAUUAAGAAAAAGUCAUCGUCACCCCAUCUGAACAGACGGAAAAUAUCAAGAUCACCAUCACCAUCACCAUCAAGGAGCAGAACUAACUCUUAUUCUCGCCCUAGACCAUUACUCAAAGAAAUUAUGACCCAAACUUCAGUAGGAUUAGAAUCAUUUUCAGAUGAAUUCAGAUCAGCGACUCCCCUAAAAUAUCUAAAACAGGAAGAACUGAUUGCAAGAGCAGAAAUAAAAGUUAAAAGUGUGAUGGAUUACAUUACAGAUUUGUCAAUGUUUAUGGUAGCUUGUUGGUUGUAUUUAUUUAAAAAUGAACUUUUUGCCAUACCCGUUUUGGUGGUAAUGAUUUACAGACAAUUGACUGAUGAAAUUAAAAGAAGGAUGCCAAAAAGAUGGCUUCCAAUAUGGAUGAGUAAAAUAUUUGCUAGGAAGAAAUUAGAUUAGGUAUAAAGUUGUUACAAUAUUAUUAACUUAACUUGUUAUUUUAAAUGUAUUGCUAUUUAUUUGGUAACUUAAAUAUAAAUCUAAUGAUGUUAUUGUAUAUAAUAAAAAGUUGUUGAUUUGUAUUAUUUGUAUAAACAUAAAAA